AUCUACCUGUGGCUAUGAAAUCGGGGGAGAUGAGGUAGCCGUAUCGGUAUCUGAAUCAGUGAAUUCGGCCCCGACCAGACGCAUGGACCAUAAUGCCAAGGCGCGGGAGAACAGGGGUAAUGGCUUCGCCAAAAGUUCCACCGUUCCUGUCGUCAUUGGACAUUGUGUACAUCAGCUCAUCCGGAUCGCGCGUGUCCCGACUACAUGUAGCAUCAAACUCGAAUAACGCAAAUCGAACGAGCCGGAUCACUGAAAUUCCGUACCUUGGCUUCGGCGCAGAGAUUUACGAAUGCACUGUCACAAUCGUUGCUCGGUUGUCUGACUGUUGCACAUAAAGAGAGGCUCGCGCAGCAUUCGACGGACGGUCUGCAAAGCUUCAGCAAACGCCCGCGGCAGCAACAAUAGCAACAAUGGCACCGAAGAAGAAGGCGCAGGCUGUCACGGUGUCUAAAACACACGGCUAUGAGUUCUUCGGCCCGCCUGGUGCUGCGGCCAUCAGCUUCGGCCUGCCCCUGCUGCUCUACGCCUUCACAUUUGCCUGCAACGACAUUUCCGGAUGCCCCGCGCCGUCUCUCCUGCAUCCAAAAUCGCUCGACCUUGACGUUCUGAAGAGAGAGGUGGGCUGGCCUAAGGAUGGAGUGAAGGGUCUCGCGAGCUGGGAAGCGACUGGUUGGACCCUGGCAUACUACCUCUUCAGCGCCGUCCUUUACAGCAUCUUGCCGGGGACGGAGACUGAGGGAACGGAGCUGAGAAGCGGCGGGCGCUUGAAGUACAAGUUCAAUGCCUUUGCGUCUACUAUGUGCACGCUGGCCCUCUGUGCCGCCGGCACCUUGGCUCAGGGCGCCCAGUUCCCGCUGUGGACGUUCAUUACAGACAACUACCUGCAAAUCCUUACCGCCAAGAUUCUGAUCGCCUUCUCUCUCGCGACGUUCGUCUACGUCCGCAGCUUCAGUGUCAAGCCCGGCAAUCCCGAGUUCCGCGAGCUGGCAGCCGGCGGAGUCACGGGGAACAUGCUCUACGACUGGUUCAUCGGGCGGGAGCUUAACCCCCGUGUCACCCUCCCGCUCAUCGGCGAGAUCGACAUCAAGGAGUGGAUGGAGAUCCGCCCGGGUCUGACCGGCUGGAUCCUGCUCAACUGCGCUUUCGUGGCCAAGCAGUACCGCACCUUCGGCUUCGUCACCGACAGCAUCGUCUUCAUCACCCUGGUCCAAGCCCUGUACGUCCUCGACGCCCAUUUCAUGGAGCCCGCCAUCCUGACCACCAUCGACAUCACCACCGACGGCUUUGGCCUGAUGCUCUCCUUCGGCGACCUGGUCUGGGUGCCCUUCCUCUACACGCAGCAGACGCGCUACCUGUCCGUGCACCCGCAGUCGCUCGGCCCGCUCGGCCUCGCCACCGUCAGCGCCAUGCUCGUCGCAGGCUUCGCCAUCUUCCGCCUGUCCAACAGCCAGAAGAACGCCUUCCGCACCAACCCCAACGACCCCAGCGUCGCCCAUCUCAAGUACAUCGAGACCAAGGCCGGCACGCGUCUGCUCAUCUCCGGGUGGUGGGGCAUCGCGAGGCACAUAAACUACCUGGGCGACUGGCUGCAGGCUUGGCCGUACAGCCUGCCGACAGGAAUGGCCGGGUACACGAUCCUCUCGGCGGGCACCAUGGCCAAGGGCGCGAUCAAGAUGCUUGACGGCCGGGAGGUCCUUCCAGGGGAGGCAAAGGGGUGGGGCAUGAUUUUCACGUACUUCUACAUCGUAUACUUUGCCGUGCUGCUCAUCCAUCGCGACAGGCGGGAUGACGAGAAGUGCUCGCGCAAGUAUGGCGAGGAUUGGGAGAAGUACAAGAAAAUUGUCAAGUGGAGGAUUGUGCCGUAUGUUUAUUAAUUGGAACCUUGAUGGCGGUACUAGGCACCACAGUGGUCGGUGACAGGGGAACCACGAGCUUGGAAAAUCCGGGUGGAGGAAUGAAGAAAAGAGGUGGUGAGAUGUUGAUGAUUGUCGAGGAGAUAACCGGAUUAGGUCACCUGCUUACGGUGACUAUGGAUCCGGUACUUCGUAUUAUGGAGGUAAUAAUUUAAAAUGUAAUAUGUGCU